UAGAUUAAAACUACCUUAGGACUCUAUUGGCUUUUUUCGGGGGAUUUCUUCCAGAUAACUUCAACAGGUGUAAACAUGGACGUUCUAUCUCUUGGCCUGUUGUGUGUGCUGUUGGCGGGGUGUAUUGGAGUCCAAGUCACCUGUCAAGACGCUCACAAAGAUCCGGGGACGCUGGUGACAGGUCGUGACUUAGAGGUGCUGAUGGGGCAAGUGGUGGAGGAGAGGCUGCUCGAGUGUCAUCUGAUGCUCGUGGGCGCUGCGGGAACCCCAGGCGCCAUCUUUCAUGUUCUCAGGUUUAUGAACUCUGAGAGAAUGUUUCCUCAUGUAACGGUGUCAGUGGGCGAGGAAGGGGAGCCGCUUGAUUUAGGUGAAUCUUCCCUAACGUCAGAUGAGGUGCUGGCGGAUCUGCGUCAAGGCGACGUCAGGUUCAGGUGCCGCGCUAUUGUCCUCGACAUCACCCACGAGAACUUCAUGGAACCUAUAUUAAGGUUCCUAGAGAGGACGGAGCUGUACCAAUGGCCAGAGACGUACGUGGUGGUAAUGGGACCCAAGAAGCUUACCCAGGACGUCUUCGACCACUACACCUUCAGAAACACCGCUAACCUUCUCUACCUCGCCUUCCUUCUCUACCCUCUUGACGACGCUGAUGCUCUUCACUCUCCCGCCAUUGCUAAAUCAUCUAUUCACUUAACUGACGUCGCUAGUUCUGACGCUAGUGACUCGACUGAUGCUGCUAAACCAUUAUACCUUCCUAACACGCAUUUCGCCGACGUUGUCAACUCGGACAUGGCCGUCAGAACAGAAGCAUCGACUGCAUCUAUCAAGCGCAGACAGGUGACCUCAGGUGGUGUGUACGUGUACGGGCGGUGUAUGUACUGUGCGGGCGGCCUCUCAACCACCCUCCUCAUAGACACCUGGUCCACCACUCAAGGCUUCCUGCACCGAGUUGAUCUCUUCCCUGACCAGUUCAAGAACUUCCAAGGCCACAAGUUCAAGGUGGUAUCUAUGAACUGGUUCCCUUACAUAGAGUUCCGUCGUCAGAGCGAGGAGGGAGGCAGCCUAGUGGACCCCAUCGACUCACUGGACAUACGCAUGCUGUCCGUCAUCUCCUCCAUCCUUAACUUUACGUAUGAGAUGCGGGUACCGUGGGACAACCAGUGGGGGACGUCGACAGAGAGCGGCAACUGGACGGGGAUCGUGGGAACACUGCAACACCACAAAGCAGACUUCUCAAUGAUGCUGUCCUGGAUGGAGACGCGUCUCCCCGUCGUCGACUACUCCAGGAUCUACGCCUCUGAACCCCUCGUCAUGAUCACCUCCAAGCCCCUGCCUCUCUCCCAGUCCUUCGCUCUCGUCAGACCUUUCUCAGCAAAUCUGUGGGUGGCGAUGGUGGUGUCAACGGUGGUAGCAGGCGUGGUGUUAUGGGGACUGCAAGGGGCGUGGGCGUGGGUAUCAGGAGGACGUGCCCUAGGCCUAGGCAGGUCUCUCAUGCUCACCCUGGCCAUUCUGAUGGAGGACCCCCCCUCGAGGCUACCCAAGAAUAUCACCGCUCAGAUGUUGCUGGGGUGGUGGUGGGUGUACUGUAUGCUGCUCACCAUCACUUAUCGCUCCUCGCUCAUCGCCCACCUUACGGUACCGGGUAAGUCGGCGACGCUGGAGUCACUCGAGGACCUGUUAGAGGUUCACAGGAAGGACCACUGGACUUGGGGGUACGAACCCACCUAUGGCUCCGGCUGGGAAUUCCUCAAGAUGAAUGAGAACCCAACUGUGAGGAAGGUCUUCAGCGAACUCAUGUUGGUAGAUCUGCAGGAGCAAAUGGACCGGGUACUGGCAGGCCGCCACGCCUUCAUCACCUGGAAGUAUUAUAUCAGAUCCAUUAUUGCAAGCCGCUACACCAACGCCCGCAGCUACACACCCAUCCACACCGCCAAGGAGGAGCUUUUCAAUUAUGGCGGCUACGGCUGGGGCUUCAGGUGGGUCGGUUGGGGCUUCAGGUAGGUCGGUUGGGGCUUCAGGUAGGUCGGUUGGGGCUUCAGGUAGGUCGGUUGGGGCUUCAGGUAGGUCGGUUGGGGCUUCAGGUAGGUCGGCUGGGGCUUCAGGUAGGUCGGCUGGGGCUUCAGGUAGGUCGACUGGGGCUUCAGGUAGGUCGACUGGGGCUUCAGGUAGGUCGGCUGGGGCUUCAGGUAGGUCGACUGGGGCUUCAGGUAGGUCGACUGGGGCUUCAGGUAGGUCGGCUGGGGCUUCAGGUAGGUCGGUUGGGGUUUCAGGCAGGUUGGCUGGGGCUUUAAGUAGGUCGACUGGGACUUUCUCCAGCUUUCCCCUGACUGUUUCUGUCGAUUUAAGAGGUAAUGAGUCCACGGUGUGUUUCCCCUCCCCAAACAGGAAGGGAGCUCCAUUCAGGCCUCGGAUUGAUGAAUUGAAACAGCGACUACUGGAGGCUGGCUUAAUCAACUUCUGGAUGGAUGAGUUGAUCGAGGCCUCUGGUAGGAAGACCCGUACCAAGAGGAACAAGAAGGAAGGAGGAGGAAAGAAGGAAGAGGAGGUGGACAGCAGCAAUGAGGACGGGGCACAGGUGGUACUGGGUCUCGGUCACCUGCAGGGGACCUUCUACCUGCUAGCUAUGGGAUAUGGGAUCGCCCUCAUGGCCUUCCUCUUCGAGCUCCUGUUCCAUCGCUGCCGCUCACCUGCCCCCGCCCACCAACACCUAUCUUCAGCCCACCCACACCCGUCCUCCGCCCACAAUUCUAGAUCCCCGCCCACUCAAUACUAGGUACAGCACAUCCGUCACCUACCCUCCUAGAACUUCACCCACCACAUUUGCUCGCCCACACCAAACGCAGUAACGCAAUGGUUCAGCUAAAUAACCUCACGGUUCCAAUUCGGAAAAAAAACAUUUGUUUUGCUCAUCUUCCGUUGCUGCUCGCUGCUGGUAUUCAAAUUAAAUUCCUUGUGCUCCGUGGCGAUCACAAUGCAGUAUACGUAUUAUAUCCCAUAUAUAUGUUGGGCUCAGAAAACGAAAAGCGACUACAACGCGUUGUGGUUGUUUUCAAAAUAACCAGAAAGCUAAAUUUUGUGUUUGGAUUUUAUCCUAAACUAACCGAACCGAAUCCAAACUAACCGAACCGAACCUAACCUAACCUAUAGCAAAAUCUCGCUUCUGGUUAUUUUCCAAACAACCACAACUUGUUGUAGUCGUUUUUCGUUUUCUGAGCCCAACACACACACUAUAUAUAUACAGGGUGUCCCAUAAGUUUCCAUACAACGUA